UUUAUUUUUAUUAACAUCAAAACAAUUUUCAUCAAUCAAUCAAUCUAUCUCUCUAACCCCAUCCCUCAUCCCAUCCAUCUUCCUUUUCCUUUCAACAAUUUCAUCCAUAUGGACCCCUAAACUUUCUUCUUUUUUUUCUUUUUCACUUAAUUACCCUUUCUUUUAUAUAUAUACAUAUAUACAAAAUAUAUACAUAUAUAUGGACAUAUCUUCACCACCACAAACCACCGCCACCACAACAACCACUGGUAAUAUUAGUCCUACUAAAGACAUCCAUGAUCUUGACCCGAGUCCGAUCCAUAAACAUCUUUCAUCUCCUUUCACAAAUGGAGUACUUAAAAGACUAAAGCCACGUCAUCACAACUUCAAUAACUCACCACCAGUUGUAGUGAGUUAUAAAGAAUGUUUAAAAAACCACGCCGCUUCAAUGGGUGGUCACGCCGUGGACGGAUGUGGUGAGUUUAUGCCGUCGCCGACGUCCACACCCACCGACCCGACGUCGUUAAAAUGUGCAGCUUGUGGUUGUCACCGGAAUUUCCACCGCCGUGACCCAGAUGAGUCUUUCCCUGCUAACCCAAUUCAACAUGUGAUAGAAUACCAACCACACCACCGUCAUCACCCGCCGCCACCGCCACCGCCGCCACAACCUAUUUCCGUCGCCGGAGCUAGAACAAAUAGCUUGUCUCCGGCGGACUCUCCAUCCCCACCUCCGAUCUCAUCUUCUUACUACCCAUCAGCACCCCACAUGCUUUUAGCUCUCAGCACCGGAUUAUCUGCACCGCCGCCGGAAUCUACACUCAUCACGCCGUUUUCUAACCCCGGCGUGAUGGGGUCUAAUAGCUCAAAUGGCAAAAAAAGGUUCAGAACGAAAUUCACACCAGAACAGAAAGACAAGAUGCACGAGUUGGCCGAAAAAGUCGGAUGGAAGAUGCUGAAAAAAGAUGAAGAUAUAAUCAUAAGUUUUUGUAAUGAAAUUGGGGUUGAAAAAGGGGUUUUUAAAGUUUGGAUGCAUAAUAAUAAGAUGACGUUGGGUUCUAAAAAAGAACCCAACGCCGCCGUGACCCAUCACAUUGAUAAUAAUGGAUCUUCUGGUGGUGGCGCCACCGCCGCGGGUAUCGAUUUCUUAACGGAUAUCAAUCACCGGCCGAAUAACCACCACCAGUUUCAGCCACCACCACAAAAUAAUGAUAGUGUGGGUAGUGGUGAAAAUGUUAUGGGGACUAAUGGAGGAUCAUCAUCAUCAUCUUAAAUAGUAAUUAGUUAAGUUAAUUAUGGGUUAUUUUUAUAGUUAUUAUAUAUUAUGGAUAAUAAUAAUAAGUACUUUGUUUUAAUUAUUAUUAUUAGAGAAGAUUAAAUAGCAAGAGGGCAAGAAGAAGAAGAACAUGAGGCUGUUGUUUGUUUUCAGUAGUUAAUUAUCUCAUUGUUAUUGUUAUAUUAUUAUUAAUUAAUAUUAUAUUAGGGGAACUUUUUUCUUUA